GCACUGAGCACAAGCACAGCGCGUGAUGACAUGGCACCGAAAUCCUUCCAGCGGGCGACGACGGGCCCUGUCCAUGCCGGCCAGCACUCGGAGAAGCACCAGCUCCACGUCCCACACGCCGAGAGGAGUCGCACCCACCGGAACUUUGGCAGCGCGAGACACGCUAACGGCCUUCAGAUUUCAGAGGUGCACAAACACGAAGAGAAGGAGGAGGAGGAGGUUGUGGAGGAGGACCCCAUCCAGGCCAUCGUCCAGAGGCACCCCAUCUUCCGGGGCACCUCUACGGAGUUCCGGAAGGAGGUGGGCCUGAACCUCAAGCCCUUCCUGGUGAAGCCCACAGGCAACUCCGAGCUGAAGACCGAAUAUGCCCGGGAGAUGUUCGAAAGCAGCCUGAUGCGGCCCAGGGCGCGUGUGCUGCUCACCCAGGGCAAAGCGCCGGCGGUGCUGAACGGGCUGCUGCUGGUGCACCCCGGGGAGGCCAACGUCUUUGAAACGGUCUACAACAACCUGGCGGCUCCGGAUGUGGAGGGGCUGCCCUGCGUAGCUGGCCAGGAGGUGGCGCUGGGGAUCACCUCGCAGAGCCCGUUCACCGUGCGCGUGCGCCAGGAGCCCAGCAAGGGAUUCUUCUUCAUCCACUCGGAUAUCCUGGAGCUGGUGCUGGACAGGCACCGGGCGGACCGUACCAUGCUGAAGAACACCGUGUACCAGGCGGCCGCGGACUUCUUGCGGGGAUGGCUCAUGCGCUACCGCAGCAAAGUCUACGUGAAGCUCUUCGUCAACUUGGACGAGAACUUCAAGAACGCCCUGCUGAACUUGGUGAAGAUACAGCUUUUCAAGGCGGAGGAGAAGAUCUGCAAGGAGGGCGACGUCGGGGACUCUUGCAUGUUCGUCUUCACGGGGGAAGCGGACAUUUAUUGCAAGCACGCCUUUGUGGGUCGUCUCUCGCAGAACCCCGGCACCAAAGCUUGGGAGUCCUGGUGGGGCGCCCUGGAAGUGGGCGGCAGCUGCCUGAACCGGGUGGCCUCGGUGACCGCCUACACCGAUUGUGUCAUCUGGGAGCUGUCUGCCAAGGCAAUGCGUGAUCUCUGGCUGCUCUUUCCCUACGAGUGCAGCUUUUUCGAUAAAGUGGCGAUGAAACAUCUGCAGCUGCUGUAUCCCUUCACGGACCGCGUCAGUGAGAUCAACAUGUUUGAGAACUGCAGCGCCGAGUUCACCCGGCUGAUCCGCAAUCUGAUGGAGCAGAAGGUCUACUGCCGGGAUGAGCUAGUGAUGCAGGAGGGCGACACCGGAGAUGAGAUGUACGUGCUCUGCGUGGGCAAAUGCAGCGUCUUCCGCGGCUACAACUCGGAGCCCUUAAGCCAUCUCCAUCCUGGGAGCUGUUUCGGCGGCCUGGCGGUGCUGAACAUCACCCGCCGGCGCACUGCCACCAUCAAGGCAGACUGCGUCUGCGACUUGCGGAUGCUGUCGCGCAGCUCGCUGCUGGAAGCCUUGUCCCAGUACCCAGGGGACAAGGACCGGGUGCGGGAGAUGAUCGAGGCGCACAGCCAGAGCCGGCAGGCCACCGCCUCCGCGCUGCAGCGCGCCGGCCAGAGCGAAGGCAGCUUCAGCACGCAGUUCCUGCAGAUUCUGUUGGACAACAUGCACGAGCAUCCCUUCUUGCCCAAGCAGACCAUCCUGCAUGAGGGCAAGGAGAGCUUUCUCACGGUGCUCCUUCACGGCAUGGUGGAGGUUGAGGUCAGCGGGGUGCACAUCGCCAACGUGGUGGCCCCGGCGAUCUUCGGGGAGCGCGGCAUCCUGGAGCCCGGCACGCCCUCCGCGGCCACCGUGAGGAGCUGCACGGUGGCGGAGUGCAUGGUGUUGCCCUGCACUUCUGCGGCGGUGCCCAUUAUCCGGGCACGGCUGCCGGAGGACAUCGCGCGCCUGGAGAGGAUGCUUGAGAAGAAGAUGGCGUUGACCAGGACGCAGCUGGCGAGCCCCGACGACAUGACCAACGCGGCGGAGCAGCAGGAUAAAGGGCUGUUCGGGUCCUGCGGAGCGGCGUUCCUGGCGCGGCUCUCCCACUACUUCGAGCGCCGGGUGUACUUGCCGGAUCAGAAGAUUCUCACCGAAGGUGAAGAGCCGCGUCACGGGGUGAUGAUCCACCAGGGCAACGCCAUCGUGGAGAGUCAGGGGGUCUACAUCGCGGAGUGUGGGCCCGGGGAGUUCCUGGGCGAGGUGGCGAUCCUGGGCCUCGCCAAGGUCUCCAGCGCCACCGUGCGCGCGCAGACGAAGAUCGUGGCCUACACAGUGGAGGCCAGCUCUAUGCAGGAGGUCUUGGAUGAGUUCCCUGAAGAGCGCGUGCGCCUGCGGGAGAUCAUGGAGAAGCGGGUGAGCAAGAGCCCCUCGCCCAUCGAGCCUCGGGCCUCCAAGGGCUUGGCCAUGAAGUCCAAGUCGGUGAACAAAUUCCUGAAAGUCGUGGUUGCACGGCGAUCGUCGGAUUCCAAAACAGACAUUGCUCCGCCGAAGGUGGAGUUUGAGACGCCCCCAGAGCCUGCAAAGAGG